GGUUAUCGGGCGGGGAAUGUCGGUUUCAGUCGUUUUGAGAAUUGCGGUAGAAUAAACAUUCGUUAUUGUUCUUCGUAUUUUCCGGCCGUAUUGAAUAAAAAUGUUAGCGCAAAAAAAUGCCAAGUGAAUACUACUUUCUAGACUACUGUAAUAUUGAUAUGGAUUUUUUUAUUUGCUGAUAGACAGUGUAUUCAGUGCUAUGAUACAAUCCUAGCGCAGCUCCAACCCUCGAAACUAGUCGAUAUUAUGUGGCCGGGACGCGAAAAAGACAUACUUUUAAAUUAUGAUUCCGAUGGUGUAUACAGUGUAUGGUUUUGCGAUUUUCUUUAUGGUCGCGUGGGUGUGUUUGUGGCUAAUUCAUAUAAUGGCCUUUUCCUAUUCAAAGUGGAAAUUGCAUCGGACUGUAGACCGGUCUCCGCCGGAGCAACCACUUCCCGGUGUUUCGAUUUUAAAACCACUUACCGGAGUAGAUCCAAACCUGUUCUCUAACUUAGAGACGUUUUUCACACUGGACUACCCAACGUAUGAAAUUCUAUUUUGUGUCGAAAACGAGCAGGAUCCUGCUUUGAUGCUUGUGAACAGUCUUAUUCACAAAUACCCUCGAGUGGAUGCAAGGUAUUUCAUCGGCGGAACGCGAGUCGGCGUUAACCCUAAGAUCAACAAUAUGCAUCCAGCGUAUAUGGCGGCUAAGCAUCCCCUUAUAUUAGUGAGUGAUUCUGGAAUUCGAAUGAGAGAAGACAGUCUAUUGGACAUGGUGCAACACAUGAAGGAGGACGUGGCGAUAGUUCAUCAGAUGCCAUUCACGUGGGAUGCGGACGGCUUCGCUGCCGUCUACGAGAAAGUAUAUUUUGGCACGGCGCAGGCGCGGAUGUACUUGGGAGCAGAUUUCCUCGGCAUCAACUGUCACGUCGGAAUGUCGUCUCUUGUACGGCGCUGUGCGCUGGAAGAGGCAGGGGGUCUGGCCGCAUUUGGCGAGUAUCUGGCUGAGGAUUUCUUCAUGGCGAAAGCGGUGUUAUCACGUGGGUGGCGGUUGCGCGUAGCAUCGUUACCGGCGCUUCAAAACUCGGGCUCCAAGUCGAUAGGCGGAAUGCAGGCGCGGCUUAAGCGGUGGGCGCGUCUCCGGAUAGCCAUGGUGCCAACUACGGCGCUGCUGGAACCUCUGAGUGAGUGUCUACCGCUAGGCGCGGGUGCCGCUUGGGCCGCUGGACAGCUCUUCGGUGCGGAGCCCUUACCUUUCUUUCUUGUGCACAUGCUUGUGUGGUUUCUAUCAGACUGGCUCAUGCUCCGCUCAGUUCAAAAUGGGUCACCUCCAUUUACAAAAGUUGAGUUUCUCUUGGCCUGGGUGUGGAGUGAGUGUUGUGCACCAUUGGUGUUGGCAACGGCAGUGCUUAACCCAGAGAUUGCUUGGCGGGCUCGCAACUACCGGCUGGACUGGGGUGGCCGAGCACAUGAGCUCAAACCCAAACUCAAGUUCUGAGCAUGAUCACUUCAAUGAAAGCUUUAAUUUGGUUUAAAAAGAAGCAACCUUCAGUGCUACUGUUGAUGUGAGUUUAUAAUGAGUAUAUUAGUAUUAAGUUUUUAUUUUAAUUGCUAUUUAUAGUUUGAAAUGUAUGAUGAAUACUUGUUAUUCUUGUUUUAAAGAGUUUUGUAUGUUUAUAGAUUAAACAAAAUAUUUCAGCUGCUGUUUCCUACUUUGUGGUUCAUUGUUGUGAUCUGCCAUAAACUUAAGAGCCAGCUUAUUUAAAUUGAUGGAUAGGUCAUUGUCUACACAAAUGCAUAUUGGCACACUACUCAUUGUGAUAUCAAAAAAAUGUAUGUAUCGAUGACACAUUCCAAUAGAUUGCAUGUGCUAAGGUCAGUCAAAACAAGAUCAACAAAUUACAGCUACAACAUUCAACACUCAACACUUAUUAGUUUAUUGUAUAUUAUAUUGUAACACAAAAAGUAUGUUGUGAUAUUGUGAAUUCUUGUUAAAAGAGGUCUACUUUAUUAUUUAAAUUUUGAUAACUAUUUAAAUUCAAGGUUUGGGCUCUAUUUUUAUUUUUUACACUUGCCUUAAACAUUGCAUUCUAAAUUAAUUAAAAAUAUACAGGGUUGUACUAAACAUUUUUAAAUUACAUUUUGCUUAUUUAUUUUAUGUACCUUUGGACUGAAUGUUCAAACUUCAACCACUUUGGCCUGAAGGGGACCAAAAAAAGAAAAUAAUUAUUUUUCAAAUGUAGAAUAAAAAGCAGAUUCCGUAUAAGUUUUGGACAAAUUAAUUUAAUUGAGAAUUAAAGACUGGUUAGCCGGCAUCCAGAGGUACUUCAGCCUUUUGUUGAGGGUUUAUCAUUAGAGUGCCAUGAAUACUUGUAUUACAUAAAUUCUAGUUAUUCUGCCUUUGAAUACUAAUUGAAUGACCUAAAUUGCAACAUGCCUAGGGCUGCCAAGUGCUUCAAUUAUAAAUACAUAUUCACCCCUUAAUACUAAAGAAUUUCACAUUGAAUGGGUUGAUAUGUUGCUUGAAAGUGACAUAUUUUCAUUCAUUUCAUUUGACACCUUGUCUCAUUAUUAUUUGUUCUUGAAUUAAAAAAAAAAAACUGAGCCAUAUAGUUUACAUUAGAAAAAAUAUACCCAGUGAUAAAAGUUCCCAUUAACUUUGUGUGUUUCCUACAUUGUUUCGUUGUAUGGUGGGUCCCUGAAAUAUAAGAACUAUUUUUAUUUUAUAACUUUUGUAAAGUACUAUUUACGUCAAUGUACUUAGAAUUGUUGAGUUAAUGGCUCAUUAAAUUGUGAUUUAUAGCAUAAAAAAUUCGCAUUCCACAUGCGUCGUUAUAGGUAAUGCUUGCACUCCACUCCACUAUGGCGUGUUUAUGCGCUUAAAUAAAAGCUUGUGCAGGUUUUUUGAUAUUUAAAACAUCACAAAGAAAUAUUUGAUAAUAAAAUUAUUCCUGUAUAUUUCACAAGUUGCAAAACACAAAACCUAUGUUUUAAGUCGAGUCCAAGCAUAAUAACUAUUGAUUUAAUUGUGCAAUUGUAUGCUUCUAAUAAGUAUUUUGAUGUUUAAGCCUGUCACUUUUAACCCA